AUGUCCUUCCUCUUAGGCCCUAUCUCCGGUGCUGUAAUUGCGGGAGGGGUUUAUUAUGGGUUCUCUACUAUGAUACAGACGAGAACGGAGGCACACAUUCAUGAUUUACACGUUCUGUCUACGCGCCUGGCAGAGCCUGCCGCCCCGACAAACGCUCCCCCAUCAGCGUUCGAUCGCAUCCAGCACCGCCCAUUCAGGCUGCUUUUACAGAACGGCUGGAACAACCAAGUCGAGUCAUUGUUCCGCGACGCCCAAGGCUUCAGCACGCGGACCAUCGAGUGGAGCAGGCGGAAGUUGUAUGGCGAAGAGAACACUCCUCGCAAGUCGAUGUAG